GAGAGGAAGUAAAAGAGAUGUCGGCGCUGCGCGAGCCGUAGAGCAAGGAGCUGCCUGGACCUCCAUUGGCGGCCCUGCACAGGCAUGGGAAUCAGAUAAUUACGCUGCAGCAUGGAAGGCAAAGGGCCUUAUCGUAUCUAUGACCCUGGUGGGGGAACACAGGAGGAAGCAGCUGCUGCCUUUGAACGUCUGGUGGAAGAAAAUACCCGGCUGAGGGAAAAGAUGCAAGGGAUAAAGUCGCUAGGUAACGGGGAACUACUGGAAGAGUCUCAGCUGGAAGCCUCAAGGCUACGACAGAAGGUGGAGAGUUUAGUGAAGGACAAUGAAAUGCUGAGAUCUACUUCAUCUCUGGACAAACUUGCCGAAAGAGCAGAAGGCAGCCCAGAUCUUUGCUCUUCUCCAGUAGUUCCAGCAAGAGAUCUGAAGGAGCUGGAGCAAGGCACACAGAAGCCACACUCCAGUGGGUCGUCAUCUGAAUUUGAAAUCGUUGGUGCUGACGAUAAGAAAUCUUCCCAGGAGAGCAGCAAGAAAUUGAACAUAGAGCCAUUUCAUAACGAGGACAGCAACCUCAUGCUUCACCUCCAGCGCCUGGAGAACACUCUCAGCCUCUUUGCUGAGGAGUCCGAUAAAAACCAGCUCUUUGCCCACCUGGGUCGGAUGGCCCUGGAAUUCAACCGUCUGUCCUCCAAAGUGCACAAGAAUGAACAGAGGACAUCUAUUCUUCAGGCAUUGUGUGAGCAGUUACGGAACGAGAAUGAAGAGCUGAGAGCAAAGCUGGAGAAGGAACUGGAGAAAAGGAACCAAGCUUCCGAGAAGCUGAACCAUAGAUAUUUCUCUCCUUCCCAGUUGUAUUUUGUACAUGCUGUGGGUGGGAAAGGAAUCGUUCUGGAGAAAGCAGGAGGAAAAAUCUCUUUGGGGACUAGUGAGAAGAAAGUGAGGAUACUUGAGCACCAGCGCAAUGAGCUGCUGGAGGUGAAUAAGCAGUGGGACCAUCAAUUCCGGUUCAUGAAGCAGCAAUAUGAGCAGAAGAUAACAGAGCUACGGCAAAAGCUUGCAGACUCCCAGAAAGCAGUCGUGGAGUUAGAGGCAGAGAGGGAGCAGAAGCAGCGGGAUUUUGAUCGUAAGCUUCUCUUGGCGAAAUCCAAGAUUGAAGAGGAGGAGGCAGAAAAGGAGAGGUACAGUGCAGAAGUGAAAGACCUCAAGCAGCAGGUGAAAGUACUGCAGGAUCAGCUGGUUCCAGUCACCAGGCAAAAGGAAUACCAGAAAGAGAUUCUUCGGCUAAACAAGGCCUUAGAAGAGGCUCUGAACGUUCAGGCCUCUGCACCUUCUGCCUCCAGGAGCCCAGCUGAAUCCAGUCUGAAUAUCCAACAGCAGGAGGUGGUGACCCAGAAUGAGCUCCUGAAGCAGCAGGUCAAGAUCUUUGAGGAGGAUUUCCAGCGGGAACGGAGUGACAGGGAGAGAAUGAAUGAGGAGAAGGAAGAACUGAAGCAGCAGCUGGAGAAACUUCAGAAGCAGUUAACACAUAUCAGCAACCAGCUGCGGGUCUCUAAAGAGGAUUGCCAGAAAGAAAAAGAGGAGAAGGACAAGUUGAAGAAACUGCUCAAACAGUACAAGCAGCAUUCCGGCGACAGAUUGCACCCAGAGCCACAGCCAGGACCAGUGGCCCCAGUCUACCCCAUGUACCAGUUCCCAUGUAUCCCUCCAGUCCCACCACAUGUAUACCAUGGCUACGAGGACUGGCAGCAGAUCCACUACCCGCCAUCAUCAACAAUAGCAAACGAGCGCCCUCCCGUUCAGAAUUUCCACCGUUUCCCUCCCCCAGAAUACACUUGGGGUCCACCAUGUGUCGUAGCACAAAAUCAGAACUCACAAGCAGUGGACAGUGCAAAACAGCUCCCCAAGGAAUCUGAUCCCACAGGUCAUGGGCUGCCCAAAAACCAAAGGCCUACUUAGUUCCGUGCCGAUGGGACAUAGCAUCAGAUGUAGACUUGCAGCAUGUAUGUGGACCUGCAUAUGCAGAAGGCCUCCUUGUGCUUCUGGACACAGAUCAUGGUUUGUAUAUACAGAAUACAUACGCUCAGGACAAUAGCAUCUUCAGCUGGAUUGUCUGAAGACGUGCGGCAUGUGCUGCAGAA